AUGGGGAAGAAAACCAAGCUCCCAAGCGGGAAAUCGUCCCUCGUGACAGACAGGUCCGUCUUCUUCUGGCGAGAGACCGACGCGGAUUACGGGUUCCUUUCGCAGUGGUACUACUGCCCGUUUACCGACCCCGACGAUGAAUCAAUCGUGUAUCCCACAGCAGAGCACUAUAUGAUGUACAAAAAAGCCGUACUCUUCAAAGAUGUCGAAACGGCGCACGAGAUUCUACGAGCCAACACUCCUAGAGCCGCUCGUUCCCUCGGCCGUAAGGUCACGGGUUUUUCGGACGAGGUUUGGAAUGCGAACAGGCUACGGAUCGUAACGGAGGCGAGCAUGGCAAAGUUCACUCACGCCGUCACUGAAGAGGGAUUCACGAGAGGAAACGGCGAGGGAACGGAGGAUUUGCCAUCUCUCUCUGGGGCAGACGUGCCUCUACCCAAGGGGGCAAGGGUUGUGGGAAGAUUGAAGGCUGCUCUCUUGGAAACUGGGGACAGAGAGCUUGUUGAAGCGAGCCCGAGAGACAAGAUUUGGGGUAUUGGUUUCGGCGCUGCGAAUGCGUCGUCUGAAAGGUCGAGAUGGGGGUUGAAUCUCCUAGGCCAGGCACUCAUGGAGGCUCGAAAAAGGCUGAGGGACGAAGCAGAGGGAAAACCGGCGCAGAAACCAUGA